AUGGGUCGUGAUCGUGGUUCCGGAUGUUUGUAUGUUGGCAACUUGCCUCCAGACUGCCGUUCUCGUGAUCUUGAAGAUGUUUUCCACAAAUAUGGCAGAAUCAAGUUCUGUGACGUUAAGAACAGAAACCAUCGUGGUGGAGUCUCGUUCGGCUUUGUCGAAUUCGAUGAUCCAAGGUAAGUACUUUUAUUUGGCAUUGUUUUUGUGUUUAGAUGUUUGGGAAGCUUUCUCUGGCUUUGGUUCAUGAAUUUUCGUUUUACAAGGCCAAUUUUAAGGUCAACCUUAAUAUAAUUUGUGGUAAGAAAGCUUUACACUAUCUAGACCUUUAUUUUUUGUUCUGUUUCGGUUAGUUUAUGUUUUGUGUGUUGUUAAAAUUAGGGCCCAACAUUUGAAUUUUGAAAUUUUGAGCGGAAAAUGAUGUUGUAGUAGGUUGGAUAGAAAGGAGGGUAUCUGUUGAUGAUACAAACCGAUAUUUCUAAAAAUUUACAUAAAGCUUCUCUAACAUCUUUUAAAAAAUUUUACAAAUAAUUAUAUUGUUUUACUCAAAAUUGACUGAGAAUCUAUCAAAAACAUCUUAUCACCUUUUCAACCUACGAUAACAUUACUUUUUUGUAAUUUAAAUACUAAUAAGCUUGUUGUUGUGUUGUUUAUCUUGAAAACUGUCUUACUAAAUUGUGUAUCGUUGUAGUAGCAAGUUGGAUUGUUCAAUCAAUCAAGGGAUAUCAUGAGAUUAGGGACAAGAACAAUAUAAAUCUACUGUCUAAACUUAUCAACCAGAAUCUUUGGGAAAAAACUCGGCUUAACGGGACAAUAUUGGUAUCAUAAAGCACUCGAUGUCAACAAUGACAAACUAGGACACGUGAUAUCAAUAAUGCCAAGCCGUCAUGUUAACUUUGCCAAGCUAGGACUCAAUCUCAAUUCUACCUCAUAGGACAAUAUAUAUUGGAGUGAGCGUUGGCAUAGAGAGUAAAAAUGAAAGAUGAGAUGCAAUUCUUGUUUUUCAUUUUUACUUUCUAAUGAAUUGGGCAAAUGUUGGGGAGUUGGAGCAAAUUUUGGCUCAUUUCUGGGACAUAUUGCGGAUUUUACGCCAUUUUCUGGACAGUUUGCCUAUUCAAUCACUAUUUUUGGAUCUCUACCAUUCAAAUUUUAUUCCUCAAACACUUCUCAUUCAAUUGUCGACUAUUGAGCAUUGUUUUGGAAACAAGUGGUCAAUUACAAUAUCAUUUGUCAGCUAGGACAAUAUCGACUAAAAUUCAUCUUCUUUCAAUCAAUUUGGGCUCAAAGUACAAUCAAAAUCUAUGAACAAGCGAGUGUGAACAUUGACAGGAGCCUAAUGUAAUAUACAUGUCAACGUUUCGGCUUUAAAAGUUGAAAUUUUUGUUUUACAAAACGAAAAUUUUACUCUUAAGGUCGAAAUGGGUCAAAAUAUCAAAACAUUCUAAUUUUUUUCUCUUUCAGAGAUGCCGAAGACGCUCUUCGCGGCCGUGAUGGUUACGACUUUGAUGGGCACAGACUGAGAGUCGAAGAAACUCGUGGCAAUGGUCCUCGUGGUCCCGGUGGUAGACCAUUGAAUGGUCCCGAUGACAGAAGAAGAGAGCGUGGACGCUUUGGUGGAGGUGGCGGCCCAAGAAGACGCGGCCACAGAAUCUAUGUAUCAGGAUUGCCACCAACUGGAUCAUGGCAAGACCUGAAGGAUCAUAUGAGGUCGGUCGGGGAGAUUGUUUGUGCUGAUGUCAACAGAGAUGGAACAGGAAUUAUCGAGUUUGCCAGAUACGACGACGCCAAGUACGCCGUCAAGAAGAUGGAUGACUCCAAGUUUACAUCGCAUGAGGUAAUGUUUUGACAUUUUUUAAUGAAAAAACAUCAUUUUUUAAAAUUUAAAAAGAAAUUGAUGUUUUCGGCCUAUGAUGAAAUAGUGUCAUGCUAAUCAUGAAAGAGAAAUCGGUUUCUCGCUCCCCAUGUUGCAAAAAACACGUCCUGAGGUCUAUAAAAUGAUAUUUCAAGUUGAACUCCAAAAAAUUGAAAUGUUAUUUUAUUAAGAUUUUUUCAAUUUUUUCAUAUUUUUAAUGAUUUAACCCUAAUUUAUAUAUUUUCAGGGCGAAACUUCGUACAUUCGUGUGUCAGAGGACAGUCCAAGACGCUCCCGCACUCGCUCCCGAACACCCCGUUCCAGAAGCCGCUCCCCACGUCGUUCGGAACGCCGCUCUCCCGUCUACAGCGACCGUUCCGCGUCCCGAUCUCGCUCCCGUUCACGCUCUUAA